UCGUAAUCAUAACUGAUACCGGUAAUGUCUGCUGGAUGGAUCGAAAUGAACAGAAGAAUGUUUAGGUCUCUCUAGCUUUUGUUAAGUCAUUUUAAACUAUUAAUUAAUUAAAGUUCUAUCAUCAUGUUGAGUAUACUUUCUACGACUUAUUUGUUGAAACAGACCCAACGUUUGUCGAUGGUUGCAUACGGUGUAAGAUACCGAAGUCAGCGUAGGAAUCUUGGGAAAUCGCCGAAAGAUGGGAAAACUUUGGCUCAGAGAUUACAAGAAUUGAACUUCAAAAAUCCUACAGUACACUAUAGAGUAGAUAUUGGAUUACCACCCAUUGACAGAGAUAGAAAAAAAGAAACAGCUUAUCGAAUGGAUUACAUGAAGAAAAUCAAAUGCAAUGCAGAAUUAGAAAAAUUAGCGAGGAAUAAUGAAUUACCUAUAUCAAUGGAAAAUAUUAAUGAAGAGUGGUCCAAAACUAAUGCUCCAUUGCACAUAAAAAAAAUAGCUGAACAUUAUGGGGUUUUCCAACAUUUAUUUGGUGAUGCUUACUUCAUGCCUUACAUUUUACUGGAUAUCAAUUACAACAUAGAUGAUUCGAGUAAUGUGCCUGUUUAUAGAGGAAAUAUUGUUAAACCUAAUGAAGCUUUGAAAGUUCCAGAAAUUAAGUUUGAUGCUCCAGAAGACUCUUUGUGGACGUUAGUCUUAACUAAUCCUGAUGAGCAUUUACAAAAAGAAGACGUUGAAUAUGUUCAUUGGCUAAUAGGAAACAUUCCUGGUGGAAAAGUGAGUAAAGGAGAAACUGCAAUUAGUUAUUUACAACCGUUUCCUGCUAGAGGCACAGGUUAUCAAAGAAUGAUUUUUAUUCUUUAUAGACAAUCAUCAAAAAUAGAUUAUUCACAACUGACAAAAUUAGCUAAUGAUAAUGAUAAGUUUGAAUUAGAUAGGCGAACAUUUAAUACAUACAAUUUUUAUCAAUCAAGACAAGAUAUCCUCACACCUGCUGGAUUAGCUUUCUAUCAAACUGAUUGGGAUAGCAGUGUAACACAAUUUUAUCAUGAAAAAUUAAAUAUCAAAGAACCUGUGUACGAAUAUGAUUUUCCAGCACCUUACAUCAAACCUCAAAAAUGGUUUCCUCUAAAACAACCUUUUAAUUUAUAUAUGGAUAAAUAUCGAGAUGAAAAACAAAUUGCAAAAGAAUUUUUGCUUAGAAAACUGAAAAAGAGACACCCAUUUGAAAAAUCUCCAUUACCUCUCAAGUAUCCAAAUGCUGUACCAUUCAAAAAGAGUAUUCCAUCUUGGCUCAAAUUGGAAAUGAGGAAAGAAAGAAUGAGAUGGGGUCGCGUAAAUGAUUACUAAUUUAUUUGUUAUGUUUAUAAGUUAUAAGUAUAUUAAACAAUAAAUUAUUAAAAUUAA